AAUGAAACAACCACUUUCUAACGAUUUGGUGGAAGUUUUAAUUAAACCAAAUAAUAUGAGAACAGCAAUUGAAAUAAGGCAUAUAGCAUUAUGGUUUAAAGAAAAUAUUUUGGCAUUUAAAGAUGUUUCUGUAGAGAUACUCAUGAAACUGGUAGCUGAAUGUAAAGCAGAAUUCAAAUAUCCCCAUGACAUAAUAAUUCGAGAAGGUGAUAUUGGUGACUGCAUGUAUAUAUUACUCUCUGGUCGUGUAUCGGUUCAUUAUCGUGGAGAUCAAAGUGCUGUAAUAAAUGAAGAGAUGCAUGAAUUGAUGAAUGUUAAAUCCAACAGUUUUAUACCCGUCAAACAAAAUGUUUCAGGCAUUAUUAACCAAGAGCUCGGACCUCAAGUUGGUCAACUAGAAGCUGGUUCAGUAUUUGGUGAAGUUGCAUUAAUUGAAGAUUGUUUAAGAACUGCAAGUAUUUUAGCUUUACCAAAUACUAAUGAAGUCAAUCGGCAUGAAUCAUCAUUCAAUCAACAACAACAACAACAAUCAUCAUCAUCAUCAUCAUUAACGAAACAAUCAGAGAAACAAUCUGUUUGUUUAGUAAAUAUUUCAAGAACAUUAUAUAAUAAUACUGUACGUGUAGCAAUGGAAAAUGAGUUUUAUGAAAGGAUGAAAUUUGUUAAAAAUAUAAUUUAUUUUCAACAUUUAUCUGAUAAAAUACAAAAACAAAUUGCUAUGUGUUUGGAAAAACAAAAAUAUGAAUAUAAUCAAGUGGUUUUAAAACAAGGAAGUUCAUUCAAUGGCUUAUAUUUUGUUUACAGAGGUAAACUUCGAGUAACACUUCAUGUCAAGCAAUCUCAAACAUCUACGACUUACCGAAAUAAUUAUAGAUCUAUAAAAUAUGAUCUACCAUUGAUAACUGGAUCCAAUCCAUUUACACCUGAGAAAACAGGAUCAUUAUGUAUUGGUGAUAUAGAAUUUUUAUUAAAAUAUCCAAAUUAUUUAUUUACUAUUAUAUCCAAUACAUCUUAUACAAUAUUAUAUUAUAUGAAUAUUAAAAAUGCUGAAAGAUAUUUCUAUGGUUUACAUAUAAAAUUUAAUUAUUAUGAAUUAUUAAUGAUACAUUUAACAAUGAAUAAAUUUUCUCAAUUUAUACAAUUAAGAUUACAAAAUGUUAUUGAUUUUUUACCAAAUCAUUCUAAAAUGAUUUUAUUAAAUUUAUUCAAUAAUUUAAUCAAUAAUCAAUUCAAUCAAGAAAAUUAUAAAAAAAUCAAUAAAAAUAAUAAAAAAUUAAAAAAUAAUUUUAAUUUAUUAAAUUUUAAUCAAACAUUUAUUCAUCCAUAUAAUAAUAAUAAUAAUAAUAUUAAUAAUAAUAAAUUAUUGAAUGAAAAAAAUAAUCAAAAAAUAAAACAAAAACAAUUUUUUUGUAAUUUUUCUAAUAAAAUCAAUAAAACAUUAAAUAAUCAUAUAAAUAAUUUAUCAUUAAAUAAUUUAAUAAAAAUUGAUCAAAAUUUAUUAAAUAUUGAUUAUUUACCAUUGAAUUCAAUCAAUCAAUUCAUUGAAAUUCUUCAAUCAAAUUUACCAUAUUCUUAUAAAUUAAAUGCUGGACGUUUAUUACAACAAUUAGAUAAUUAUAAAUUACAAAUUAAAAUUGAUAAUUUUAUUAAAAAUUUAAAUGAAUUAAAAUUAAAUCAAUUGAAUGAAAAUAAUACACAAUUAAAUUAUUAUACAACAAUUUCUGAACAGACACACGAGUUGGAAAAAUCGUCUUUGAUGGCCCAUAGAAGAAGACUUCCACCAUCGUUUGUUGGUAUGUGCAAUUGGUUUCCAAAUAUGUAAAAAGAAAACUAACAAGAAGAGUAAAAUAUAGAUUAUUGUUCUAACUGAAACUGUUUUAUGAUUAAAUUUUCAUAGAAAUAUAUGUUUCUCAAGAGUCUUAAGUUGUUUUUUUUUCUCUAACGAUUUAAUUUGUAUCGUUCUUUGGAACUAGAUUUUAAAAAAGUAAUACACUUUUGAAGUAAUCUAGACAGAAGUUAUACAAUUUUGAGCAUAUAUUGAAUGUAUUCACUUUCUGUUUAAUCCUUCCUUUUAAUAAUAAUGAUUUACUGUAACAAAAACACCUUUCACUAUGCCAUGAUAGAAGAAAAGUGAGAAAUAUUUCUUCAUUUUUUAUUGGCUCAACAGAUUCAAGUAGAACAGGUUGAUACUUUACUUAAUAA